AUGGCAAACCGCUUCCGGAUUUCGACCAAGAAAACUCUCCGGCUCCACUACCGGAACCAUCGCGGAUGGAGGCGGGGCCUUCUGGGAGAGAGGCGUCCGGGACGUCGCUACGGGUCGGACGCGACUCGACGGCAUAAGACAACGACGGGAGAUUCCGAGCAGGCAAACAAAGAGCUCAUUUUACGGAAAGGCAGAAGCCCGGCUCCUCGGCAACGCCGCCGGAGCUCUGAGCGCCGCAGGGGCGACCCAAAGGCCAAGUCCCUUCGCGAGAAGCAGCCCGGCUUGGUGGGAGAAUCAGAGGACCCGGGUUCCGAUCCAGGCCCUGCCGCUUGCCUGCCGGAUACCAUCGUGAUUAUUAUUGCCUUCCUCCCAACCGACACCACGGGCGUUAAAAAAGAGGCAGAAUUCACCUUCAUCGUAACAUCGGGAAAGUUUGGGGCAGUCUGGACCAGAGUGGCCCUGCUUGGAGGAGCUGAGGAAACCAAGGAUAAGCAACUUCGAUUUUUGGUACCGACCAAAGGCCGAGGACGACGCACCGUAUCAGUAGACUGCUCCACAAAUGCUAUCACAACCGCCACAAUUACAGCUACCCCUGUUUCGGUUCUCAACAACGGCCCCGGAGAGGCAACAGAAAAGGGCAGCAGUGUGAGCUGCCCACCGUUCUCCUUAGACCUAACACGGAACAGGAGAGAGAGAGACGGCCCACACGCGUGUCGGCAGCCCCCGCUCCGGCUCGGAAGGAUUCGAACGCUGGCCGUGUGAGGCCUUCUCGACUUUUAGAAAUUGUCGA